AGGCAUUCAACAUACUCCAGUUUUUCCACUGCAGAAAUUCGUUCGAGCCAAAUAUCCGGUGAUCGUUAUCAAUGUCCUCGAGGUUAAAAAAACAAAACAAAUAUUGUAGAAUAUAAAUAUUGCAGCAUAGCCGUUUCCGAGACUGUCGAGGUGCAACUUGCGUGUUGUCUGCUGUCCUUUUGAUCACAGAUCAGUCGAACCGUCGGACCAUCCGACCGCACGAACAUAAGUCAUGAUUAAAUGUGGCAUGCGGAAUUUGAAGUUGUAUGAUAGACUGAGGGUGUGUAUAGGAUUUCGAAGGAUCCACUAUGUUCAAGGCCAAAGUAGUGAACAGUACGCAAGGGAGUAUUUCUACUUCAUUGACCACCAAGGCAUGUUGUUUCUUGACGAUUCUAGAAUGAAGAACUUCACCUCAUGUUUUAAAGAGAAAAAGUUCCUGGAGUUUUUCUUCCGCCGACUGCGACCCAACGAGACCGGCAAAAAUGAAGCAGAGUUUCCAUUUGUCUCCCCCUGUGGCCGCGAGAUGAACUUUGUGCGCUGCGACGACCUACCUUUUGUCUUCACCCACGUGGUCCCUCUAGAAGAACCAGGACAAGGGAAGCAAAGGAACUUCCUUCUGCACAACCACGCAGGCGACCUGCUCAAAGUUCCCUUUGAACCGCAGCACCUAUGCAUGCCCGCCGGGACAGGCCGCGUUUACCACCCGGCCCCGGAGAGAGCCGGCGGAGUGGGCCUUGUGCGCUCGCUUUUAGCCAUCGAAUUCAGCAGGCACUUCGUCUUCGCCGACGCCAGCGACGACAUGUCGCCGCCUACACAUUUUGACUGGGAGGGCAAGCGGUACGAGCUCAGCCACACGCUUCUGCCGACCAUAGAGGGUGUGUCACGCUGGGACGGCACAGAACGAUAGAAGCCACAGGAAACUGGGCAACUCGCCUGUUGUCCAUGCUGUGCCAAGUGUGGGGUUGCAGAACGCGGAAAUUGUGCUUGCACAAAAGUCGUGCAUCUAGUGACAACCUGCCUACCGCAUUGCCACGAGACUCGUCUUAACCACUUGGCAAAAUGAACAAUGGAUACAGCUAGAGAAGGUAGAGGUCGACCAACAAUGAUUUUACAAGGAUGGUUGCGGUGACCCCUAAAAUGGCGAGUACAAUAGAAUACAUCACUGUUGUGCAGACUAGUACUGUCGAGACCGGUUAUAACGAAGUCAACGGGAAUCUGAAAUCACUUCGCUAUAUCCGCUAUUUCGUUAUAACCGGUCUCGACAGUAAUGCAAUAUGACGGUGAUAUGUGAAGUUGCAGUUUUAUAACUGGAUGCAGAAACAUUGUUGGACUGCACUAUAUCACUUAGUUAAGCACUAGACCAGCAAAGCUAAGCACAGAGAAGUAUACGGUCUUCCAAGUGUUUAUUUAAAAACCAAAAAUGAGUGACACCUUAGAAAAAAAUAAAAUAACUAAACUGAGA